AUGGUAGAGUUUCCGAAGAACGGGAACAAGAGUUGGAGAACAACAACUAUUUCGUGUUAUUCUGGGUUUAAAGGCGCCUGUCUGAGCGGACAGAGAGAGCAACCUCCACCAGCUCCGGCGAGAAAGUAGAGAACAAAAUGGAAAUCCAAGCACUAGGGCAACGGCCUUAGAAGAGCCCUCUUCCCUUCCCCCAGGGUUCCACCGCCAUGGCCCUGAUUACUCCACACUGGUUCAUCUGGACCUCCUGCUCCGGGUCACACCGUGUAGUGCUGCUGGAUGGUGUCAAUGUCGAGCCCCUUCAGCUUCACCACUGAUUCCACGUGGCCCUUAAGAGUGUUCAGCUCCCGAAGCCUGGAAAGAUCAGCACGGAAGGAAAGUCGUUGACUGCUUCUUGGGAGCGAUUCUAUGGUGGUUAAUGAGCGGGCGGUCGUUGACUAUUGAGGCGGGAUUCGGGAUUGUCAUGGUGGUUAUGGGUUGAUCAGUCUAAUUGGAAGAAGAAAAGCACAGACCUUGCGAUCUCGGCUCGCCUCUUGGCCUGCUCGGCGAUCUCUGAGAGCUCUCGGUAGCUGCUCUUGUCGGAGAAGAGGGUGGCCGUUUGUGGGUUCUGGAGGCCGUGGAGGGUUCUCUGGGCUGUGGCCCACUGAGCCUCCCUUUCCUCUAUACCGUAGUCCUUCUUAGUGGUGAAGGCAAUCUGCAAAUAGACAGAGAGAGAGAGAGAGAAUUAAUCAUCUUCCUGGGUGUGGAGAACUGGAAGCGGAGGUGGGAGAAGCCAUACCCUGUUAUCUAG